GCUCGUGGGCUUCGCUUCUGCGUGCCAGACCCGCGGGACGGAGAACAUGGAUUCACAGAAGGAUGUUCAGCCUCCAAAGCAGCAGCCAAUGAUUUACAUUUGUGGAGAAUGUCAUACAGAAAAUGAAAUAAAGGCAAGAGAUCCUAUCAGGUGCAGAGAAUGUGGCUACAGAAUAAUGUACAAGAAAAGGACAAAAAGAUUGGUAGUUUUUGAUGCACGAUGAUGUCUGCUGAAGAUAGUGACUUCAUGAUACAAUCUUUCUGAUAACUUUGUUCUGUAAAACUGUUUGUGUGUAAAUGCACGCUCUUAUUUGUGUUUUAAGAGAUUGAAAUAUUAAAGUUCAUUGUAAAACUAAA